CUUCAUGUUAAUGGUCAACAGGUCGGAGGUAACAACAUGUUCAAGAUGCUGUGGGACACGAAUUUCACCUAUGACUCGUUGAUGCCGAUCUACGAGAAUCGAUCCCCUAGCUGGCUGUACAUCCUGGACUACAGGCUCUUCCACGACUGCAUGAUCCCUCCUUGUCCCACCAGGUCUUAUCCAGGCUUGUGGGAGGUUCCUAUGGUGAUGUGACAAGAUCUGAAUGGUGGCAGAUGCUCCAUGGGCGACGCCUGCACCAAUCCCCCGACAGCAGAUGGUGUUUACAAGAUGCUGAUCACGAACUUCGAGAGACACUACACCACCAACAGGUAUCAAUCAUAGACAUAGGAGUAUAGGGACUGGCAUAACUG